CACUUCGGUAGCGUUGGAAUCACGCAGCUCCUUCUCGGAGGGGAAACAGCUCGCACGGUGCGUCAUAUUUUCGGUCAGUGUUGCUAAGCUAACCGAGCAACGGCCGUGAAAACGGCGUUGAGUGACUGACUAGAGCGGCCACACAGGCUGGACCGAGGGCGAGAGAGACUCCCUGCUGCUUGUCGGAGCUGUCCUGACCCUGCGUUGUCAUGGCGAUGCGGGAGCUGGUGGAGGCGGAAUGUGGGGGGACCAAUCCCCUCAUGAAGCUGACAGGUCACAUGACCCAAGAGGGUGGAGCUUGGAGACACAGGUCGACGCCCACUAUCCCCCCCACACCAAUCGAGAUCGCCACAGAGGAGGAGCUGGUGAGCGAGUUCCUGCAGGCGCCUCCUCGGCCUCCUCACAGCUUUGACAUGGGGCAGCUUCUGGAGGAGAUGCAGCAGAUCGACCAGCAAAGCUACAGACAGGCUCCGCAAAGAGCUCCAGAUGUAGCCGCCUUGGCGUUGUCCGGUGACUGGGCAGCAGAAUUCCUCUCCGGAGUCGACUCCGCGACUUCUCCUGGUCAGGCAGGUCUCGAUACAGCAGAUGCUGACUGGACUCGAGAAUUCAUCAAUGAAGUGACGGAUCCUGGACGCUGGGCUGAGGAGUAUCUGGAGCAGUCGGAGGAGAAGCUGUGGCUGGGCGACCUGGGAGAGAAGGAGCAAGAGAAGGAAUGGACGAAGGAAUACGAACCAGGCGAGGAGCUGAAGCAAACAGCCAAUGAGCUGCUGGCGAAGGUGGAUGACCCCAAACUCCAGAACACAGAGUUCCUGCGGUUCAUUAGGCAGAUUGGCGAGGGCAGUGUGACUGUGGAGGACAGAGCAGGGAAGCAGCUCACUGAUAGAGCACAGGCCAGGGAGGCACACAACUGGGCCUCCGGCUUCACCCAGUACCUGGAGGAAACAGGGGGAGGGACUGUGCAAGUGGAAUCUCGAGAUUGCAGAGAGAAGAAUGACCAAGCUAAAGCUAAACAGGCAGAGCAGUGGGCUUCUAUCGUCAGGCAGGUUUCGGAAGAGUCUGCAGAAUCCUGGGUGGACGAGUUCACCACAUCAGGGCCGGAGUUCCAGCAGGCCAAAGCUGCUGUGGAGAGCGAUGUCGAUUUCUGGGAGAAGCUGCAGCAGGAGUGGGAGGAGAUGGCGAAGAGAGAUGCUGAGGCUCACCCCUGGCUUUCUGACUUUGAUCAGCUGCUCAGCACCUCCUAUGACAAGGGGUAUCAAUUUGAGGAGGAGAAUCCGUACCUGUCCCACGAGGACCCGCUGGCGGAGGGGUUGCGGAGGAUGGAGGCCGGGGAUAUUCCCGGAGCUGUGCGGCUCUUUGAGAGCGCCGUGCAGAGGGAGCCAGACAACCAGCUGGCCUGGCAGUAUCUGGGAACUUGCCAAGCAGAGAAUGAGCAGGAAUUUGCAGCUAUCAGCGCCCUCCGCAGGUGUAUCGAGCUGAAGAAGGACAAUCUGACGGCGCUGAUGGCUCUGGCGGUCAGCUUCACCAACGAAUCACUGCACCGGCAAGCCUGCGAGACGCUCCGUGAUUGGCUGAGGCACAACCCAAAGUACCGGCACAUUCUGGAGCAGAGGGAGAGAGAGAAGGAGAGGGAGGGAGUCCGAGAGAGGGACAAGGACAGGGAGAGAUUCGGAUCCCUGCUGCCGGAGGCGCUUUUUAACGAGGUGCAGACGUUGUUUCUGACAGCGGCGGCCUCGGACCCCACCCGGGUCGACCCUCAGCUGCAGUGUGGUCUCGGGGUGCUCUUCAACUUGAGUGGAGAGUAUGACAAGGCUGUGGACUGUUUUACUGCUGCGUUGUCUGUUACUCCACAGGAUUAUUUGCUGUGGAAUAAGUUGGGAGCUACUCUAGCCAAUGGCAAUCGAUCUGAGGAGGCAGUGGCCGCCUACAGGCGAGCGCUGGAACUGCAGCCUGGAUUUGUGCGCAGCCGAUACAACCUGGGGAUCAGCUGUGUUAACCUGGGAGCUCAUAGGGAGGCGGUGGAGCACUUCUUGGAGGCCCUCUCUCUGCAGCGGCAGGCCGCCGGAGACGUGGAGGUGGGCGCAGGCCGGGGCCCUGGAGCCGCGGCGACCGUGAUGUCCGACAACAUCUGGUCCACCCUGCGCAUGGCGCUGAGCAUGAUGGGAGAGAGCUCGCUGUACGCGGCGGCGGACCGGCGCGACCUGGACACGCUGCUGGCUCACUUCUGCCAGAGGGAGGGCGAGACGGAAUGAAGGAGGGAGGCGGCGGAGGAGAGGAGGAGGGCGGUGCUGUGCGAGUGCGGGGAGAGGUGUCUCGGAGAGACUUCUGGAUUUUAACGGGGGGGGGGGUCGUUGGAGGACGAUGAGGAGAACGAAGAAGAGUGAGAAAUGCUCAGUCAACAUGCACUACGUUGGUGUGAAUGGACAGACGGACUGACCGCUGGCUGUUUUCCUGAGGAAUGGCUGAUAUAUGGGAAGGCUCACGGUACAUCGGUCAGCGCAAACCACCGACGAACUGCCAGCAGAGAGCUGCACUCAAGGUCCUUGUGCACAAAGUACAUUGCUUUCCAUUUGGUUUGCCAUCGAAAAGGCAUCUCCGCUACAGCGGAGAGGUCAACAUGUUUUCACACUGUGAUCCGAAAUACUAAUCGUGCAUUUUCGGAAGAAGCGAAGACUCGAAGAAACUUGUCUGUGUGCCAUUCUGCAUCUUCUGUUCCCGCACGGUCCGAUAAUAGCCAGACUGUUUGCGAGCCAGACUGUUCUGAUUGCCGGGUUACUGUCAGCUCCAGACGAGAGGAGCGAAUAAACGUGAGAAAAUGAAUGAAACAAAGAAAGGAUGAGAAACGGGAGCUGCAUGCCAGCGCCCUCUCUCCUUCUCCUCGUGUGUAAUUUGAUAUCAUGCUGUAAAUGAUUCAGCUUAAUUGUAAAUGCUACCAGCCAUCCUGUGUACUGUAAUUGUAUUAUUAUUAUUAUUAUUAUUAUUAAUAUGCUCGUUUUGAAUAUAGCCAACAAACUGUAAUGAUUAUGUAUGUAAUCCAAGCAAUAAAACUUUGAACUAAUG